GCACACGGAAAGAGACUGACUGCACAAUUAAUGGGGGUGAUCCAGGCUGUCUACCCUGCCCAGAAGGGCGAGAGUACACAGACAGCAAACAUUAUUCUUCUAAAUGCAGAAGAUGUGGAAGUUGUGAUGGAGAACAUGGCUUAGAAGUGGAAAUAAACUGUACCCGGACCCGGAAUACCAAGUGCAGAUGUAAAUCAAACUUUUUUUGUAACACCCCUCCAUGCGAACACUGUAACCCUUGCAAGAGUUGUGAACAUGGAAUCAUGGAGAACUGCACAACCACCACCAACACCAAAUGUAAAGAAGGAUCCAGUCAUGAAUUACGGUGGUUGUGGAUCCUGGCCCUGAUUCCACCAGCAGUUGUACUAACAGUUUGGCUGGUGAAAAGAAAGUGCGAGAAUAAUGGUCACCAUACAUUUACACCUUCAAAUACCGAAAUGGUCCCAAUGAAUUUACCAGGUAAGGCUUUUAUCAUUUUACUUCAAUAGAGAUGUCUUCCUUAGGACUAACAGGACAAUUUUAGAGUAAGAUAAUGUUGCUAAUUUCAAUGACAUAUUGCAGGGUCUUGCUGUUCCUUAGCUUACAGUUCUUCCUGCUCACCAUCAAAUUUAUCACACAGUUUGUUUGAAUUUAUAACUAAUAUUCCUAGUGAAAAACAGAUCAGGUAGGAAUAGGAAACUAUAUUCUAAGGCUUAGGAAAAUUUUCCUUUAUAAACGUUUAGGUGUAUUAUAGAACUCAUGCCUCAGCUGA